AUGGCUUCAGCUGAGGGGAAGCCAGCGGUCUGCAGUUCGUUCUUCCCAAGGAGAAACUCUCUGUUAAAAACCAGUGCAGAGAUCGUGAGUGAGGUCCGGCAGUCCCUGAGAGUCCAGUCCACCCAGCGCCCUGUCACCCCCAGAGAUGCCCACAGACAGCUGUUUGGGAAGCUCUCAUCGCGGGCCAAAGCCGACAGACCUCCCUCCGCUUUCAGUCUUCAUGCACAGAACUUUGACUCCCCUCCUGGCUCCAGGCCGGGCUCAGGGACUCGCCUCUCUCCACUUAAUCAUAAGCCAGCGUUCCCAGCGUUGCGUGAUGGCGGAGAUCCAGUCCACGUCUUACCCAAACCCCCUGCUGAUCCACUGGAGGCGAGGAGGCCCCUGAUAGGACCACGGGCCCGACUGCGACGCGCUGGCUCUCUCCCUAUCAUGCCUCCUGCUGUGACAGACGGCAGCGGAAGGCCGGAUCACAGACCAGAACAAAGGCAGUUUUCUGCAAAACCGCGCCUUGUCCCUGACCACGCUGAGGUCCACAGUAGUCCCCUCAGACCUGCCCCAAAUACAGCACAAAAUGAAAGUAAAAUAUCUGCCGUGGACUUGGGUGACAAGAACAACGAGGGAGACAAGAGUAAAGAAGAUGUGAAGAACAAUGACAGCAGACUGUGCUCUGAGCAGGAUUCACAGUCACUGGUCUGGAAUAAUAGGAUUGCUCCUCUUCUGGAACAGCUAGAGGGCAUAGUCGCAGGGGGCCCCGCUCCUCUCGCCCCUCCCCCCACAUGUGUCAGUGACAGAGGUGAGCGGAGCGUGCAGGCAGCGUGCUAUUUCUCCCAAAGCAAAACAAAGUUGUCCGACCAAAUGAAGAGAAGUUAUCCUUCUGGAAGCGAUAAACGAAAGCGCAAAAAAGAGGAAGACGAGAAAAGAAAGCAUGAUAGCGCUCAGUCUGCCGCUACACACACUACUACAGCCCCAAGUACUGCCACGCCAAGGUUCACUGCCCCCUCAAGCUCUACAGCCCUGGACAGCAGCGCUUCCUCCAGUGAGCAGCAGUCAGCUAUAUCCCAUACUGCAAUUGUCAACAUUUCGUCGCCUACCUCCAUUGACCAAGAGGACCAAACAGAACCACAAGCACCCACUCCAGCUCAAACGGCAUCCACAGACCAAGAAAAAGCAACACCAAUAAGAUUGACAUCUUCUGAUCCUGGACAGUGGCCUGAUGUUCUUAAUGAUGGUGCACAGAGCGGCGAAGCGGUGGAGAACGACCCGUGUGACCUGUGCGACCGCCUUUACGACGCCAUGGCAACAGCAGACAUUUUGGGGCGGCGCUGUAAAGGCCGCGCCAGGAUACUACGCACACUUUUCCGCCUCAUUGACCUGAACUCGGCCCGGUUACACCUGCACAUCGCUAAGAUCUGCCUCCAACUGUGCGUCAGUGGAAACAACCUCCUGAACAUCUGUAAAGUGGUGUUUAAACUCAGCCGCAGUGAAAGCAACGAUGACCUCUUCCACCACAGCCCCGUCUUAGACUCUCUGCUGGACAUUCUGAGCACUGAGGACGUGUCUUCGAGUGGACAGGUGCUUCUGUACUGUGUGGGGGCGCUCAAGUUUCUCUCUGGGAACAGCUCCAUCCUCAAACAACUGCUGGAUAAAAACUUUAUGGGAGCAGCUCAUAAACUCAUCCAAAGACUCCAGACUCCAGGAGAGUCCAAUAUGAGCAUAGCAGGCCAUAUCCUCGUACAGCUGACAGCGGCCCUGAGGAACUUUGCAGAUCUGCCAGAGUCUCGUUCUCUCUUUGUGUCGUUUGGUCUUUUGUCGGAGCUUUGCCUGGUGCUACGGCAACACGGCCAAGACCUGGACAUCUGCACCAACAUCUCUCGCAUAUUCAGUAAACUCUCCUCUUACUCUGAGUGCCGCCUCGCCCUGUCCCAGACCCCCGGAUGUUACCAACUAUUUUUAGAAGUGCUGAGCCAACACCAUCAGAAGCAGGACCUGGUCGUUCGCCUUCUCUUCACUCUGGGAAACAUCACGGCCAAAAGUGAGAUGGCGAGACUGCAGCUGUUUGAGUGUGAGGCCAGUGUGGACGUCCUUCUCCGCAUCUACCACAGGUUCCAGACGGGAGAGGACCAAGGCACCAACCCCCAGACUGGGAUCCAGACUGGGACCCAGACUGGGACCCAGACUGGGACCCAGACUGGGAUUCAGACUGGGAUCCAGACUGGGACCCAGACUGAGACCCAAACUGGGACCCAAACUGGGACCCAAACUGGGACCCAGACAGGGACCCAGCAACAGCGUGACGACGUCCUGGUCAAGUUGGUGCGAGUGUUGGCGAAUAUGUGCAUCCAUGACGCUGUGGGUCCUGCUCUUGCCAACAACGCAACUUUCAUCCAACUGCUGAUAGAAACUCUAGAGCUGAAGUUUGUCCACGAGAGCGAGGAGUUGAUGGUGAACACCGCGGCAACAAUCAACAACCUGUCCUUCUACCAUCAGCCCAACUCAGCGCUCCGAAACUGCCACCUCACCAUCGCCAAGAUGAUGAUGAAGUUAUUACAAAGCUCCAGUAUGGACGCCGUACUGGAGUCCACUCGAGUCUUUGGGAAUUUAACCCAGUCCAGAGAAGUCCAGGACUACAUUAUGCAAAGUAAAGCGUACCAGUUUGUCGUGGCUCUGCUGGACUCCAAAAGCACGGAGGUGUGUUUCGCAGCGUGCGGAGUGCUCACAAACUUGGCCUCCGACGCCCAGAACAGAGAGAGUCUGGCUUCGGAAGAUACCGCAGCCAAACUCAUGGACUGCCUCCGAGACAUGGGACAGGGCGACUGGCAGCUUGCGGGACAGCUCUGCCAGGCCUUAUGGAACCUGGCAGGGGGCUGUCCCAAAUCUUUCCUGGAUUCUGAGCAGACGGUGACCCUCUUGGACAUCCUGACCGCAUACUUAGACAAAGAUGAGGCCCUAAAAUUGAUCAAAAAUGAAGAUUUAAAAGACUACCACAAAGCAUGCUGGGAGUUGGAGUUCUUUCCUGUGGCUCAAAAACUGAUCCAAGUUCUUCACUAA